GACGCAUUGGAGAUGCUCCAACUUGGACGGGGACACUCGCUCACCAAACCCUUGUUCGGGUGGAAUGUAAGGCAGAUCUUCACCCGACCCACGAGAGUUUCAGAUCCAGCCAGAACCCGUACAUUAUCCGUCCCCCACUUGCCUUCUUACUGCUCUCUUCCCUCUAUGAUAUGCAACACCCUUCGCUUCAACAAUGGGCACAGCUUAAAGCCUCUCUGGUUGUGGGUAGAAAUUUCAUUAGCUCAAGCGAUCCUUCUCCGCCUCAUCUUCGCUCUCAACCCGUACAUCUUCUAACUCGCAUUUCCCUUGCAAAAUGCUGUGACAGUGAGCGUGUUUUUUAAGCGAGCCGCCCGUGAACUGAAAUGGAACAGAAGUCGUGGAUUUGGAAGAAAAAAUCUGCCGUCGGUGGCGACUGUGGAAGGCGUUCCUCCUUUACCAGAAAUGCAGACGAUCUAGAGAUAAUUUUGAAAGGUAAAGCAGAACUGGAAAGGGAUAUUCAAAAGUUGAAUGAUAAGCUUUCUUCUGCUCUCUUAGAGUGUAAUGCUAAAGAUGAUUUUUCACAGAGACAGGCAAAGAUUGCACAGGAAGCAAUUGCAGGUUGGGAGAAAGCCGAGACAGAAGCACUAUAUAUGAAGCAAGAACUAGAAAAUGCAUUGUACCAAAUAGCAGCUGGAGACAAAAGAUUAGUUAGUUUAGAUUCAGCGCUAAAUGAAUGUAUGCAUCAGUUGCGUUCUGUCCAAAGAGAGCAAGAAAAGAGGAUCCGCAAUGCAGUGUUUGAAACAUCCAAAGAAUUUGAGAAAAGAAUACUUGCCUUAGAAGAAAACUUAUCAAAACUGGGGGCUGAAAAUACUCAGCUCAGUAAGGCCCUCCUAGGAAAGGAAAAAGUUAUUGAAAAUUUAAGUUCUCAAAGAGAUAAGGCAGAAAGAGAACUAAGUGCCCUUAUGACUAGACUAGAUUCUCUAGAGAAGGAGAAUGUGUCUCUUAAGUCUGAGGAAUGGGAAUCUGACCGUAGAUCAACAGAAGCUUCUCACAAGCAACACUUGGAGAACGUAAAAAGGAUCGCAAGAUUAGAAUCCGAAUGUCAAAGGCUGCGGCUUCUUGUUAGGAAGAGACUACCAGGCCCCGCUUCCAUGGCCAAGAUGAAGAACACAGGUGAAACGAGGCCAAAUCCUUCUAUGUUUGGGUCAAUGGAUUUCGCAUCAGAUGUUGGUCCCAACAAAAGAAUCCAGUUACUGAUAGAGCAGUUAUGCAUGCUGGAAGAAGAAAAUAGGAAUCUCAAAGAAGCCCUCCAUAGAAAUGCAAGAACAGAUAUAGGUGCUUGUGCAGUAGCUUCUGAGACAUCACAGGCUGAAGGACAAUUCAGUCAGAUUCCAACAGAUUGUUUAUCUGUACAACCGGCAGGGAAAUGUCUUCAAUCUGUCCAAGAACUCUGUGUUGUCUCACAGUCUGAUAUGGGUAGUGGCAAUAAAGCAAGCCGUGUUAAAAUGCAGUCAUGGACUCCAUUCUCUAAAAGCAUGGGAGCCUUUGACAUGAUGAAUCUGAUGGAUGACUUUGUAGAGAUGGAAAAGUUAGCAGUGGAGAAAACAGAUGAAGACUGUGUAUCAGAGAUUUUGGCAUCUACCCAGAAAAGUAUGAGUCCAUCCAUUGGCAGAGUAAUUGAGAUCAUAGAAGGGAUUUUACCAUAUAGGGUCUCAGAAACACAAGCUGGCUACACAGUUCGUCAUUUCCAGUGGAAAACUUCUGAACUCUCUCUCAUUCUUCAAGACUUUGUCCAAACUUGCCAAGACUUAUUGGAUGGAAAUGCCAACCUUGAGAAAUUUGGCCAGCAUAUAGUUUGUACCUUGGAAUGGAUCGUCAAUCACUGUUUUUCUCUUCAGGACGUUUCAAGCAUGGAGGAUGCAAUCAAAAACCAUUUUGAAUGGAGUGAUGACUCACGGGGCGAGUGUGAGGUGGGACCCUCCCCUCAUUUGAUGAUUGAAUCAUGCGACCGUAAAAGUUUUUCACAAGUGGAAGAAACUCAAUCGAAGACAGUUGAGACUGAAUCAUUGAUUGUACAGCUUCAAGAAUCAGAAAGCACAAUCAAUAGUCUCAAAAUGGAAGUGGAAAACCUUAGAGGCUUAAAGUUAGUGAUGACUGAGGAUGAAGAUGAAAAACAUGAGAUUAUUAGAGAAGGACUUGAGGUGCUGAUUGAAUCAACCAAACAGGAAUUGAAUGAAGCAUGUCAGAAGUAUUCUCAUCUACAAAGCAUCACAAAUGAAGAAAUUCCUCAGCACGAUUCGGAAAAUGAAGAACAGCUGCGCCAAAAUGACCUGGAAAUUGAAGCAGCUUCUGAAAAGUUGGCCGAGUGUCAGGAGACUAUAUUAAACCUUGGAAAGCAAUUGAAAGCCUUGGCUUUACCAAGAGACACAUCCAUUUUUGAUAAUGUCAUCUCUACCCCUGUGAAAAACCUGGGGCGUCGCUCAUCUCUGCUUGACAUAAUGUUAGAUGAGGAUAAUGGUGGUCAAUGUUGUCAGUCUCCCAAUACCAAGGAGCUUACUUUGAAUGGCAAUAGGCAUUCUGCUUUAGGUACCAGCAACGCAAUAGAAUUCCCUCCAGAAGAUGUUCCAUCUCCAAUUGGAAAUAGAAACACAGUCGAAGAGAAAGAUUACGUUGAUUCCUUAACCAUCGUUUCUAGUAAGAAGAGGAAUGGAGGGUUGUUGAGUAAGGUAUUUUGGAAGUUGCAAAAAGAUCAUCUCAUAAGCUGCAUAAAGGAUUGAUUAAUGGUCAAAGCAAUUUUGGAAUGGAAGCUUGCAGAUCCUAUCCGGCUUGUAGUGGGAAGUAAAUUUUGUUUACCCUUUUUUGUUGUUUCCCACGGAAUGUAGAUGUAAAGUAUCUUCAUUGCUUGUUAAUAAAAUGAGAACUGAGAAGGCAAUUAUCCUUGACCAUUUCCCAAAUAGUUUAAGACCUUGAUGUUAAUAAUACAUGUACAGAGGAAGGAUUCCUCGGUAAUAAUAGCUGAAGUAAUAAUAAAGAAACUGUAGUUAGUUUUU